CCUUGCUGCAGAUAUGGCUGUGUUCAUGUCUUUUUGCCUUCUCCUCCUGUUCCUUAACCAAUCUCUAGCUCUUGACAAUGGUCUUGGCCUAACUCCACAGAUGGGAUGGAACUCCUGGAAUCACUUCCACUGCAAUGUAAGCCAAGAUCUUAUUAAAGCAACUGCAAAAGCUAUGAUAGACAAAGGCCUGGACAAACAUGGCUACCAAUAUGUUAACAUUGAUAACUGCUGGGCUGCCAGCAGUCGUGCUUCAGAUGGUAGUAUAAGGUCCGAUCCAGUUACAUUUCCUGAUAUGAAAGGAUUGAUUGAUUAUGUUCACAGCCUAGGCCUCAAGUUUGGCCUGUACAGUGAUGCUGGUACCAAAACCUGUGCUGACCAUCAGCCUGGUUCUCUAGGCCAUGAGACACAAGAUGCAAACACAUAUGCACAGUGGGGAGUAGACUAUCUUAAAUAUGAUAAUUGCAAUAGCGGAGGGAGCAAGCCUGAAGUACGCUAUCCUGUCAUGAGGGAUGCACUCAAUAAAACUGGACGACCUAUUUUCUUUUCAAUGUGUGAAUGGGGAGUAGAUAAUCCAGCAACAUGGGCAUCUAGAGUUGGUAAUAGUUGGAGGACCACUGGGGAUAUUAAGGAUAAUUGGAAAAGUAUGAUAUCACGUGCUGAUCAAAAUGCUGGUCUUUGGUCUUAUGCUGGUCCUGGGGGUUGGAAUGAUCCAGAUAUGCUGAAG